UUCCUUUGCACCUGUCCACUGCAGGCUCCCAGCAGCUCCCAAGGAUCCAAUUCUCCUCUUCUCUCCUCUUCCUUCUCCUACCCAUUCCCUCCUUUUCUCUCUCUUCACCCCCCUUCCCACCCUCCUCCCUUCCUCUUCUCCUAUAUACCUGCCAAGCUGGGCUCCUUUGGGCGGCGAUCUCUCACUGCAAAGGAGCUCACAUCAAAGGCGGUCGCACGGCAGCAGCCGAGCAGCGCAUCACCGUUGUCCCAAAGACAUCCCCAAAGAGGGGCCUCGACUGCGCCUCCCCGAAGUUGCUGGCUGGGUUCGGCCAAGUGCGGGAAUGAAUUUUGCGAGGGCGUGGAUAGAGACCCGUCAAGGGCCCCUUUCGGUCACUUCCGAAGAGCAAAAGACGUGUUGAGAGGAGGCCGGUUUAAGAUUUCAAACAGAACCUCCCCAGCGCGCAUGAAAGGACUCGAUUAGCAUAUGUCAAGAGGACCCGCAUAUAUACUCGGUGUGUAUGUACACGGGACUCAGAUCCGAUCAGUUUGCGGAGUCGGAGCCCCAGCCCCCAGCCCCAGCCCCGGUAUCGGCAGCGGCAGCUGCAGAUGCUUCUGGAAGCCGGCAGCCGGCUCCCACCUACCCGAGGAGAGAAGCUCCUCCAAGACAUUGAGAGCUCUCCUGCCAUUUCAGUGCCAAGCCCCUGCAGCGACCUCACAGGAGUCACCGGGCCUUAACUUCUUGCGCUUGUUUUGCUGUAAUUUUUCUGCACCCACCUCCCUACCCCCGCCACACUUUUUUAUUGGGGGUCCUUUGUUUUCCGGAUCCUCCGCCUCUCCCUCCGGCCCCUCCAUGGCUCCCUUGGCCGAAGUCGGGGGCUUCCUGGGCGGCCUGGAGGGCUUGGGCCAGCAGGUGGGCUCGCACUUCCUGUUGCCGCCCGCGGGGGAGCGGCCGCCUCUGCUGGGCGAGCGCAGGGGCGCGGCGGAGCGGGGCGCCCGCGGCGGGCCGGGGGCUGCGGAGCUGGCGCACCUGCACGGCAUCCUGCGCCGCCGGCAGCUCUACUGCCGCACCGGCUUCCACCUGCAGAUCCUGCCCGACGGCAGCGUGCAGGGCACCCGGCAGGACCACAGCCUCUUCGGUAUCCUGGAAUUCAUCAGCGUGGCGGUGGGACUGGUCAGUAUUAGAGGUGUGGACAGUGGUCUUUACCUUGGAAUGAAUGACAAAGGAGAACUCUAUGGAUCGGAGAAACUGACUUCUGAAUGCAUCUUUAGGGAGCAAUUUGAAGAGAACUGGUAUAACACCUACUCAUCCAACAUAUAUAAACACGGAGACACUGGCCGCAGGUAUUUUGUGGCACUUAACAAAGAUGGAACUCCUAGAGAUGGUGCCAGGUCCAAAAGACAUCAGAAAUUUACACAUUUCUUACCUAGACCAGUGGAUCCAGAAAGAGUUCCAGAAUUGUACAAGGACCUACUGAUGUACACUUGAAGUGUGAUAGCAUCUUUGUGGAAAGACCAAACCAUAACCAUCCUUUCUUAUCACAGUUCCCAUCAUAAAAUAAUAACCCGGGAAGACAUUCAGAAUAUUACAGAAUCUGUUUUCUACUGGGAGACUGAAUUUUGAAAGACUACUGAGAAGAAAACAAGAAAAAAAAAUGACUUGAAGUGGAUCAAGAUCACUCUUUAUAAGUGGAUUAAAUUCCUUAGGUACAUUGGCUAAGUCCUUACCAGUAGAC